CUUAUUUAAUCUACCACGUAGUCGCAAAUAGCUUCUGGUUAAAAAGCAGUUAGUUUUCUCGGCGACACUGUCACAGCUUCAACGACGAGCGUGAGUGACCUACUUAGGACAGCGUGGAUAGCGUGGGUUUGUUACAUAAUUUGUAUCGUUCCUUUUCAUUAAUCUCUUUGUUUGAGAAUAGUUAUGAAUGUUUUGAUACUGGGCCACUCUUUUACAAAGCGCCUCCAGAGAUGGUGUGGUACGAAAUGUUUGUUGAAUUUGAAUUAAGAUUCGGACCGCGUGCAAGUUUAUUGGCAUGGAGUGGGCGGAGCUUAUGUCGCGUCAAAGUCUAAAGCGAAAUCAAUUUGGUGCGAUGUUUAUUUGGUAAAUGAAUUGGAGAUAAACUGCACAGUUGUAGAUAUUGGAAGUAAUGAUUUAUGCAUUCCAAAUUUGCAGCCAAAUCAGUUGGUGGAUAGCAUUAUCAGUUUAUGUUCAAAUAUAUUUAGUCGUGGUAGUCAAGUUGUUGUCAUCUAUGAAAUUUUACAUAGAGCUGGUGACCAUGUAUAUAAUGCCAAGGCUGACACAACAAAUCAGUUAUUGAAAUCAUAUUGUGAAGACAAGCCUUCCCUAAUAUUUUGGACUCACAAACGGAACAACUUCAACCGUCGUUUUAUUAGGGAUUAUGUUGCAAAUGAUGGUGUCCAUGUUGACAACCAAAAGGGCAUGCCUCGUUACUAUGCUUCAGUUAGAGGCUCCAUUUUAUUGGCUGAAAAAUGUUUAUCACAAUAAGUUUCCUGUCUUCACAUGUGUAUAUAUUUAUAUAUGUAUUUCUUUUACAUGUUCUUUUCAUACAUUGUGUUUCAGAUUAUAUACACUCAAUUUGACAAAACAGUGAAUGAGUGAUAGUUGUGUGGGACAUUUAUUUCAUGCAAAGAUUUGAUUUGGUAUAACUAACAUUAAAAGAUUUGCCAUAGAUAAAAUGCCUAAAGUCGCACCAAACAAAGCCAAAUCUGGCAAGAAGCAGAAGAAAAACGGUAGCAGCAAGUUGGCACAACUCAUCGCCACUGCCAUCAGCAAGGAUGAGGAAGUGCUCAAGGAAAUUGUGGAUUUACUGCCUACCACGGAUAAAGAUGACGGUACGGCCAAUUAUGAAAUUGAACCAGACCAGGAUGUCCAAUCCAUGUCCACUAACCAUGACCAAAUGGACACUAGUGAGGAUGGUGUUAGUUUAAGCACCAUGGAUUCUGGACCUGUUCCCCUUGAUUUAAGUAACAACUCGGUGGAUCUAGGAUCUUUUAGUCUAGUCCAUCCGCCUAUAGACUCAAAACUAAGGCAGCAGAUAUGGAAUCGGGAAUUUGUAGAUCUGGGGGUUCUUUAUUUUAGAGAAAAAAACAUAUCAAAAACCACCACAAUCCAGGAAUCUGGAAAUAGAACGGUCACCUCUAUUCAGGAGGGGUCCAAGAAACAAAUAAGCACUAUACUAACUUGGUCUAGAGCCUUUCAACAAUACGCCGAUGUGUAUUGUUGCAAGUACCCUUUGGAGAGUAGCCAACUCUUCCAAUAUAUGUCUAUUAUUCAAAAAAUGGCCCAAUCUACUGAUAACUGGUUGCUGUACGACACUAAGUUUAGGCAGCUAAGGGCAACCAACCCUCAACCAUGGGGGAUAAUCCAUACUGAAACAUUCCUUUUUUGCUCAAUUGACAAGCCAGCCAAUCACAAAGUCCAAAACAACAACCAUUCCUUUCGGAAAUACCUCCCGCCCCACAUCUUUCAAAGAAAAGGUUAUUGUUGGGAAUUUCAAAAAAGAUCCUCUUGCUCAAAAAAGUCCUGUUCUGUCAGUCACAAAUGUGCAAACUGUGAAGGACAGCAUGCAGCCAUCUCCUGCCACCUUGAUUUUAAGAAAUUCAAACAACCCAUCAAAACAGGUGACAACACAGCCAAGUAAUAAGGGCUUUAAGGUAUCAACCCCUAUAAAUGUAUCCUCCCUACAACAAUAUCUUGAUGGUUAUUAUCUCAAACAAUCUGUAAUUGAUGGUUUUACUUACGGCUUUAGUUUAGGUACUGUCGGUUAUGUCCCGGCCUUGUCAGCCAACAACCACCGCUCUGUUAGCACUCACCUUGAUUUUGUUCGCACAAAGCUAUCCUCUGAGAUUUUGAAGCAAAAAAUUAAAGGGCCUUUCAAGACUAAACCAUUCCAUGACUUAGUUUGCUCCCCUUUAGGUGUCGUCCCUAAGAAAGACCCUAACUCCUUUCGACUCAUACAUGAUCUAUCUUACCCCUCAUGGGGAUCCUCAGUUAACUCAUUUAUUCCCAAAGAUAAUUCAGAGGUUUGUUUAGAACUAUUUGAUGAUGUAGCUAAAUUGGUCCUAUCUUCGGGUUACAAUUGUGAAAUUGCUAAGGCUGAUAUUGAAGAUGCAUACAGAGUUAUCCCUAUGUCUCCUUUAGAUUUCAGGAAAUUGGGGUUUUCAUUUGACAAUAAAUUUUAUUUUGAUACAGCACUACCUAUGGGAGCUUCUUCCUCGGUAGCUAUAUUUGAAAAAUUUUCAUGUUCUUUACAGUGGAUUUUGAAAACAAAAUGUGAAGUACAAAAAGUAUCACACAUUAUAGACGAUUUCAUUUUUGUGGGUUCUGCUGAUACUGGGGAAUGUUUAAACUCAUUGAAUAAAUUCAUGUCACUGGCAAAAGACUUGAAUUUACCAAUCAAACAUGCUAAAACGGUCUUUCCUUCUACCUGUGUAGAAGUGCAUGGUAUUAUGAUUGAUACCAAGUCAAUGAUCGCCAAACUUCCUCAGAACAAAGUUCAAGCCCUAAGAUCCUUACUUAACAUGUACAGGAAACAAAAGAAAGUCACUCUAAGGGAAUUGCAAUCAUUAUUAGGUCAUUUAAACUUUGCUUGUA